AUGUCCGUAACACUCCUCGAAGUCACGAUAACGUCGGGGAGGAAGUACAGAGGUGCAGGGGAGUCCACGGAAAACACCAGAGGAGUCCGACUCCUCCGAAAGAGAGCCGAAAUCCGUCCCUCUGCUCCUCCACCCUCGCCAGGAGGUCGCUGUUGUCUAGUGCGCGACGCUCAGCCGCCUUUCCUUAAUGCUACACCCGGUUUGGACUGCACCUUUGACUACGGCACUUCGACGAACCUCUCGCCUCUGACCAUCAUCUACCUGUCCAUUGUCUACGUGAUCGGACAUGUGGUGAAGUCGGUCGGAGCCAUUCCCACCGUGGGGAGCAGCGACGUGCACAUCGCUCUGUCCAUGGUAGGUUUGAUUCUCAUUGCUUUCGGCACCGGAGGAAUCAAACCCUGUGUAGCGGCUUUUGGUGGAGACCAGUUUGACGAGGAACAUGGCAGCGAGAGGCAGAAGUUCUUCUCCAUUUUCUACAUGUCGAUAAAUGCCGGGAGCCUCUUGUCGACUGUGAUUACACCAAUACUGAGAAGUGAUGUGCAGUGUUUCGGUGGAGACUGCUACGCUCUGGCCUUCGGGGUUCCUGCAGCUCUGAUGAUCCUGGCUUUAGGUGAGUGUCAAUCCACCUGA